UACAUCCAAAGCUAUCUCUCACACAAUUGGAACAACAAAUAUUCCCUCUUCCCCACAAAAAUGAGUGGAGGCUGCGGCAUUGGCAAAUCAACCUCCACUCUCUUCAUUUUCCUUUUCGUAUUUGUUUCUAUUCAAGCAACUCGUCCCCCAUUCGCCUGUGACCAAAAAGACAGAGCAACUAAAAAUUUCCCCUUUUGUCAAACAAAUUUGCCGAUUGGAGACAGAGUAAGAGAUCUCAUUGGGCGAUUGACAUUACAAGAGAAAGUGAAAUUGUUGGGGAACAAUGCCGCAGCAGUGCCGAGGCUGGGUAUUAAAGGGUACGAAUGGUGGUCUGAAGCGCUUCAUGGAGUUUCAAAUGUAGGACCAGGGACUAAAUUUGGGGGUGAAUUUCCAGGAGCUACUAGUUUUCCGCAAGUUAUAACGACUGCUGCUUCUUUUAAUGCUUCAUUGUGGGAAGAAAUCGGACGGGUUGUAUCAGAUGAAGCAAGAGCAAUGUACAAUGGAGAAAUGGGAGGUCUGACAUAUUGGAGCCCAAACGUGAACAUUUUGCGAGAUCCAAGGUGGGGAAGGGGACAGGAGACUCCCGGUGAAGAUCCCGUCGUAGCUGCUGUAUACGCCGAGCGUUAUGUAAGAGGUUUACAAGGAAAUGAAGAAGGUGACCGCCUCAAAGUAGCAGCAUGUUGCAAGCACUAUACAGCCUACGACCUCGAUAACUGGAGCGGGGUCGAUAGAUUCCACUUUAACGCUAAGGUUAGCAAGCAAGAUAUUGAAGAUACAUUUGAUGUACCAUUUAGAAGUUGUGUUAAAGAAGGUAAAGUGGCUAGUAUUAUGUGUUCAUACAAUCAAGUCAAUGGCAUACCAACUUGUGCUGAUCCUGAACUUCUCCGUAAAACAAUACGCGGUGGUUGGGGUCUCAACGGUUACAUUGUCUCCGAUUGUGACUCCGUUGGAGUGUUCUACGAUAGCCAACACUACACAUCGACGCCUGAGGAAGCUGCAGCUGCUGCUAUUAAAGCGGGCCUGGAUUUGGAUUGUGGGCCUUUUUUGUCCCAACAUACUGAGAAUGCAGUGCAUAUUGGUAUUCUUAAAGAAACUGCUAUUGAUACAAAUUUAGCUAAUACUGUUGCUGUUCAAAUGAGGCUCGGGAUGUUUGAUGGAGAACCAUCAGCCCAACAAUAUGGACAUCUUGGCCCAAGAGAUGUUUGCAGCCCAUCCCAUCAAGAACUCGCCGUUGAAGCUGCUAGACAGGGAAUUGUUCUUCUUAAGAAUCAUGGACCUGCUCUUCCUCUUUCACCUCGACGCCAUCGUACUGUUGCUGUUGUUGGACCGAAUUCCGAUGUUACUGUCACCAUGAUCGGAAAUUACGCAGGUGUUGCAUGUGGAUACACAAGCCCAUUACAAGGAAUAUCAAAGUAUGCAAAGACCAUUCAUCAAAAAGGUUGCGGUGAUGUGGCAUGUACAGACGAUAAAUUAUUUGCCGGAGCUGUAAAUGCUGCACGUCAAGCAGACGCAACAGUGCUAGUAAUGGGCCUAGACCAGUCUAUUGAGGCUGAAUUCAGAGAUAGAACUGGACUGCUUUUGCCUGGUUUCCAACAAGAACUCAUCUCCGAGGUAUCGAAGGCCUCGAGAGGUCCUGUAGUAUUGGUCCUUAUGUCCGGAGGCCCAGUUGAUGUUACAUUUGCCAAUAACGAUCCUCGAAUUGGUGGUAUAGUGUGGGCUGGCUAUCCUGGACAAGCCGGUGGUGCUGCCAUUGCUGAUGUCCUUUUUGGAGCCCAUAAUCCAGGUGGGAAGCUACCAAUGACAUGGUAUCCACAAGAGUACCUAAAGAAUUUACCAAUGACAACAAUGGACAUGCGAUCAAAUUUAGCCAAAGGAUACCCUGGUAGAACAUACCGUUUUUACAAAGGUCCAUUAGUAUACCCAUUCGGGCACGGACUAAGCUACACAAAAUUCAUAACCACAAUUUUCGAAGCUCCAAAAACACUAGCCAUUCCAAUAGACGGACGCCAUACGUCCAACAGCAGUACCAUAACUAACAAAUCAAUCCGAGUAACACACACAAAAUGCAGCAAACUAUCAAUUCAGAUUCAUAUCGACGUGAAAAAUGUAGGACCAAAGGAUGGUUCACACACAUUGCUCGUGUUUUCAAAGCCACCUGUUGAUGUUUGGGUGCCACAUAAACAAUUGGUCGCAUUUCAAAAAGUUUACGUACCAGCAAGAUCGAAGCAACGUGUGGCGAUAAAUAUUCAUGUGUGCAAGUAUUUGAGUGUAGUUGAUAAGGCUGGUGUUCGAAGAAUUUCAAUAGGUGAACAUAGUAUUCACAUUGGUGAUGCUAAGCAUUCCUUAUCACUUCAAGCAUCAGUUCUUGGAGUUAUUAAAUCUUGAUGAUUUAUUUUCUUUGGGUAAAUCUCUACGUAAAGAUGUCUUUGCGUUUAAUGGAGAUUCUUUUUUCCCCUAAUUAUUCAACAAGGGGAUAAGCAAAAAUUAGAUUUUAUUAGAUAAGAAGAAAGAAGAUUGGGAAAUUAAUUGUAACUUUCAAUUGAAAGAAAUGGGUAUUAUCUAUUACAACA